AUGCAAUCUUUUGAGACAAAGAAGGCGUUGGCUGACAAGACUAGGGAGGCUACUAGUCUGCAGAAGACCAACAGAAAUUUGCAAUCCAAAAUGAAGACUUUAGCAGAUCAGGCUGAGGCUGCUGUCAAAGCCAAAGACGUGGCCGAGGAAAAGGCAGAGGCUACUGAUGCCAUAAAGAAGGUUCUUGAGGCCCAGAGGAAAGAGGCCGAGGAAAAGACGACUGAGGCCCAAAAGGAACUCCAAGACACCUUGGCCACCAAAGAUGCUGAGCUCAAGGCCGCCGAUGAAAAGGGAUACAAUAAGGGGGUGGCCGAUGUCACGGCAGAUUAUGAGAAACAGGUCAAGCUUGAAAUCCCCGAUGACUCCCUCCUCAGGAACACCGACGUCCUUCCUCUGCCAUUCCCCUCAACUCCAAGCCAAUCCGACGACGAUUUUGAGCCUGAGGAGGAGGCUUUGGUGAGGAAAUCAAAAGAAGCUGCUGGGACCAAGUCUCCUGCUCAAAAUGAGCAAGCCCUGGACUUGACUCAAGAUGAGGAGGGCGAGGAGGUUCCCAUAGAUGCCGCUCCUGAGAAGGCAACAUCGGACGUGCCUAUCGCCGACAAGAGCCUUGGUCAAGCCUUACAAGAAAUAGACGCCGAGCUAGCAGCUAAAAAGGCGGCCGAGAUGUCUUCUCAGCAGUCAUCUGAACUCUAG